AUGACUACCUCAACAACAAAUAUUGAAUUUGAAGCAACAAAUGAUAUUAUGAAUAAUGAAAAUCUUUCAUUUGAUACAAAUCAAAUAUCAUCCAAUGAACAACUUUCACAAAUAAUUGAUUCAAUUAAUUUUUCAACUUCAUGUGAAGAUACAAAUACUGAUGAAUCCCAAUCAAAAUCAUCAACAACUACAACUCGUACAUCAGGACAAACAGCAAUAGGUGCUAAACUUGUUAAAAAAUUAGAAAUAUUAGCUGCUACUUCAAAAGAAACUAAACCGACCAAUGGUAAAACAUCAACAACAACAACAGCAGCAGCAAGUAAUGCUACUUCUUCAAUAACAACAACGACGAACAAUGAAUCUCAAUCACGUCGAAAUAUAACUAAACCUGCUAGUAUAUUUAUUUAA